GUGGGGAAUGGCUGGGGUUGGCUGAAGAGCGCACAGUGGAGUUUUAAUGUCCGCCAUGUUGGCCAUGGCGUAUUGAAGAGAGCGAGCGAGAGAGGCGCGGAGCGGCACAGCCUCCCACCCUCCCGGCUGCUGUUAAGGCCCGGACGGCGAGCUCUGCGCUCCGCCCCUCAAGUCCCCGGCAGCGGCAGACGAGUGGGGACCGAUCCCCCGGUUCUCCAUGAUCCCGCUGGCCGGGGCCGUUUCCCCAGAGCAGAGAGGUAUCUGCUGCGCCUGAGAUGAGUAAACUGUCGUUUCGGGCGCGGGCGCUAGACGCCUCGAAGCCGCUGCCGGUUUUCCGCUGUGAGGAUCUGCCCGACCUGCACGAAUACGCCUCGAUAAACCGAGCCGUGCCGCAGAUGCCCACCGGAAUGGAGAAGGAAGAGGAGUCGGAACACCAUCUUCAACGGGCUAUUUCAGCACAGCAAGUGUAUGGCGAGAAGAGGGAUAAUAUGGUUAUACCUGUCCCAGAGGCAGAAAGUAAUAUUGCUUACUAUGAGUCUAUAUAUCCUGGGGAAUUUAAGAUGCCAAAGCAGCUCAUUCACAUACAGCCUUUUAGUUUGGAUGCUGAACAGCCUGACUAUGAUUUGGAUUCUGAAGAUGAAGUAUUCGUGAAUAAACUGAAAAAGAAAAUGGACAUCUGCCCAUUGCAGUUUGAGGAGAUGAUUGACCGUCUAGAAAAAGGGAGUGGUCAGCAGCCAGUCAGUCUGCAGGAAGCCAAAUUACUGCUAAAAGAAGAUGAUGAAUUAAUUAAAGAAGUUUAUGAAUACUGGAUUAAAAAGAGAAAAAACUGUCGAGGGCCAUCUCUUAUCCCAUCAGUAAAACAAGAAAAGCGAGAUGGUUCUAGCACAAAUGAUCCUUAUGUGGCUUUUAGAAGACGAACUGAAAAAAUGCAGACUCGAAAAAAUCGCAAAAACGAUGAAGCCUCUUACGAAAAAAUGCUUAAGCUGCGUCGAGAUCUAAGUCGGGCUGUUACUAUUCUAGAGAUGAUAAAAAGAAGAGAAAAGAGUAAAAGGGAGCUAUUGCACUUAACACUGGAAAUUAUGGAAAAGAGGUAUAAUUUGGGUGACUACAAUGGAGAGAUUAUGUCUGAGGUUAUGGCACAGAGACAGCCAGUGAAACCUACUUAUGCCAUCCCCAUCAUCCCUAUUACUAAUAGCAGUCAAUUUAAACACCAGGAAGCAGUGGAUGUGAAGGAGUUUAAAGUUAAUAAGCAAGAUAAAGCCGAUCUUAUCCGACCAAAACGUAAAUAUGAAAAGAAGCCCAAAGUCUUACCAUCAUCUGCUGUUGCUGCUCCUCAACAGACGAGUCCUGCUGCACUGCCAGUCUUUAAUGCUAAAGAUUUAAAUCAGUAUGAUUUUCCCAGCUCAGAUGAAGAACCUCUCUCCCAGGUUUUGUCUGGUUCUUCGGAAGCUGAGGAAGAGAAUGAUCCUGAUGGUCCAUUUGCUUUCCAUAGGAAAGCAGGCUGUCAGUACUAUGCUCCUCACUUAGACCAGACUGGCAACUGGCCUUGGACUAGUCCUAAGGAUGGAGGAUUAGGAGAUGUGCGAUACAGAUACUGCUUAACUACCCUCACCGUACCCCAAAGGUGUAUUGGAUUUGCACGAAGACGGGUUGGGCGCGGUGGAAGGGUCUUACUGGACAGAGCUCACUCAGACUAUGAUAGUAUGUUUCGCCAUCUGGAUUUGGAAAUGCUUUCCUCACCACAACAUUCUCCAGUCAAUCAGUCUGCCAUUACCUCAGAAACAAAUACCUCGGACAAAUCUUUCUCUAAAGACCUCAGUCAGAUACUAGUCAAUAUCAAGUCAUGUAGAUGGCGGCAUUUUAGGCCUCGGACACCAUUCCUACAUGACAGUGACAAUGAUGAACUCUCCUGUAGAAAAUUAUAUAGAAGUUUAACUCGAACAGGAACAGCACAACCUGGGACCCAGACAUGCAGUACCUCUACGCAAAGUAAAAGUAGCAGUGGUUCAGCACACUUUGCAUUUACAGCCGAACAAUACCAGCAACAUCAACAGCAACUGGCACUAAUGCAGAAACAGCAGCUUGCACAAAUUCAGCAACAGCAAGCAAAUAGUAAUUCCUCCACCAACACUUCACAGAACCUUGCAUCUAACCAGCAGAAAAGUGGCUUUCACCUGAAUCUACAUCAUAGCCAUUCUAUACAGGGUUUAGAAAGAACAUUACAGGGUUUUGUUUCCAAGACUUUGGAUUCUGCUAGUGCUCAAUUUGCUGCUUCUGCUUUGGUGACAUCAGAACAACUGAUGGGAUUCAAGAUGAAGGAUGAUGUGGUGCUUGGGAUUGGGGUGAAUGGCGUCCUUCCAGCCUCAGGAGUAUACAAGGGCUUACACCUCAGUAGUACUACACCAACAGCACCAGUACAUAUAAGUUCGUCAGCAGCAGGUUCAACUUUGUUACAGCCUUCAAACAUUACACAGACUUCAAGUUCCCACAGUGCACUGAGUCAUCCAGUAACUGCUGCCAAUUCUGCAACAACUCAGGUUCUGAUUGGGAACAACAUUCGAUUAACUGUACCUUCAUCAGUUGCCACUGUAAACUCUAUUGCCCCCUUAAAUGCACGACACAUACCUAGGACUUUAAGUGCUGUUCCAUCGUCUGCCUUAAAGCUGGCUGCCGCAGCAAACUGUCAAGUUUCCAAGGUCCCAUCUUCAUCCUCUGUAGAUUCAGCCCCAAGGGAAAAUCAUGAAUCAGAAAAGCCAGCGCUAAACAGCAUAGCAGACAAUACAGUAGCGAUGGAGGUGACGUAGCUUUCUCAGGAGUGGGACUGCAACCUGGGGACUUGAUUAGGUGCUAUGCAUCAGUAGCAUUUUGAAUGCAGGGGAUGAUGGAAUGCCACACAUGCAUUUCUGUGGCAGCUGUGGGGACUUUACAGCAGUGCUCAUCUCUCAUGCUUCAAUUUUUCUUUCCUUACUGUUAAUAGGAAAAAUCAACAUCUGUAAAUUAAGAAUACAGCAAUUAUCUGUACAGUACUGCAUAUUUGUAAUACCCUUGUAUAUAUGUUACUUGAAUACAGAAAUGUUCAUUUGUGAUGCUUUGCACUUGGGGGUGGGAGGGUGGGAGGGAAAUAAAUUGCAACAAAGAGUGUGAGAUGUGAGAUUGUAUAGAGAUGAAGUGUCAUCACAUCAUGUGCAUGGUGCGGAACCUGCUGUUUUAUCUAUUUAUUGUGCCGUGUUUACAGUUUUUUUGUACACUGUACCUUCAUUGGUUCCUGUGCUGUAGUAAAUGUGUUAGGUAGCUGUGGACUCCUUGGUAUUUUGUAAAUGGUAUAACAUAACUUGGUUCCCCUCUGGGUCCCUGAGUUUUUUCUGUAUCAUGUGAAAAAAAAUGGUGACAUACAUACAGAAUUUUACAAAAAUAAAAAACGCAUCAGUUUAAAAAAAGGGGGGGUGGAUUUUAAAUGGGGAUCUUCCUGGUCUAUCAUUAGGAUAAGUAACAAGCUAAAAAUGAAGUCUCUUGAAUCUUCCCAUCCCCUCUUGCCCACAAAGCUGUGGGUAGUUUCUGGUACUUAAAGCACUAACGUUAUGUUGCUGCUCUACAAACAGCCCAGUAAUCCCAUUUCCUUCCACACCAAAAAGUGUUAAAUCAAGUAUGCAAAUGGAGUCCUUACAACUGGAGUUUGUGUUGUCUUGCCCUUUUUUUUUUUUUUAGCACAAAAGAAAUUGUACUUUUUUAUUGUCAAAUUGUUUAAAAGACUUCAUUCUUUACUUGUUCUUACAAAAAGGAUAUAAGGGAGAAGAAUGCAGUAAUUACUAUACGUGUAUCAUCAUUCCAGUUUCUAAAAACAGCCAGCCAGCUUUUUUCCUUUCAAGAUUCUCCAGAAGGCUGCAAGGCCAGAACCACAAAUAUUGGGUGCCUUCCUUUGGAAAUAUUUGACCUCUCUUCUGUGAAGAGAAUGGUACUUAACAGACUACUACCAGUGCUUUGUCAGUACCGAAGUCUGAAUGCCCAGUCCAAUGGCAUAUAAUAUCUUAAAGGUUUUUAAUCCCACCUGGAAAAAUUGUGAUAGAAUUCUCACAAAAUAAACCCAGGGCAUUACAUGUUGACAAACUAAUGUGAAGUGGUCUUUUGCUUUUAUUUUCACCCCAAGAACUUUUGUGUGACUUUAAUUAAAAUCAUUCAGUAAAGAGGGACAUGGGAAUGGGAGUGAUGACUUAAGUUCAUUUUUUCAACAAUUAUAUACUGAGUGAUUACUCUGGGGUUAUUUUCAGUUCAACAACAGUGAAAAAUUCUUGCCCUCAUGGAGUAGUUUAUAAUCUCAUUAGAUGAUUAAAAACAAUAAGUAAAAUUUAAAUGGUAUUACGGUAAGUAUUAGAGGGGAAGUAAUGCAAGGAAGGUAGGAGAAGCUGUGCCAGGAUGGUGUGGUUGAUGGGCAAGGAAGGUGGUUCCAUUUGAUCAGAGACUUGAAGUUGGGAGGAAAGCAUUGUAGGCAGAAAGAAUAAGUACAAAGAUUCUGAGAUGGGAGUGCAUGGUUUGCUAAAGGAAUAGCAAGCAGUGUGGCUAUUGCAGCAGUAAAGAGUAGACAGGUCAGGGAGUAACCGGGAGCCUGCUUGUGGAGGGCUUGGUCAGGGAUCUUAAGGACUUUGACUUUUCCUCCACUUCAGAAAGGAGUUUGGAGCAGAGGAGUGAUGUGAACAGGCUCAUUCUGGCUUUGGUAUACAGAAUAGACUGCAGGGAAGACUAGUUAGGAAGCAAAUUGUAAUAAUCCAAGUGAGAGAUAAUAGUGACAAGGAUGGUAGUGAAAAGUAGUUGGAUUUUGUUUAUAUUUUAAAGGUUGACCCAGUAAACUUUUCUCUAAGGAACUGAAUAGGUGUGAGGAACAUGAGAAAAAGAAGAUGUAAGGAUGAUUGCAUGGUAUUUGGCCUGAGCAACUGGCCACAGUUGGAAAGCACUGUGGGAGGAGUGGGUUUGGGGGAAACUCAGUUUUGGGCUAUCUGAGGUCUCCAUUAGACAUCCAACUAGAGAUGUCAUGUAGGCAGUUGCAUAUAAAAGUCUGGUAUUUAAAGGGAGAGGUCUGAGCUGGAAUUCAAAACUUGAGUCAUCUUCAUAGAUAUUAAAAGUCAUGAAUCUGGGUGAGAUCAAGAGUGGGAUUAAAUCUUGGUGUAAUAAAUAUAGCUGUCAUUGAUCGGGAAUUCCCUGUCUCAAAGGGACAGACUUACAAUUUGGGUAACUACUUUUGUUUAUUCUGUUCUGUGUUCUUUAAGGAGAAUAUAGUGACUGAUCAGUGUGACUAAAAAUUUAAACUGCUGGUUUAAAGGUAUUUAAAUAAUUAGAAUUAAAAUUUCUAAAUGAAAUCUAGCAGAUAGAAUGAGGCCUGGGCCCACAAAGUGCCUAUAUGCCUAUGGAUUGGGGAACAAGAAAAUGAGUGCUCAUCAAGCAUACCCAGUCAGGAAUUUGCAGAGUUGCAUGGGUAGGGGUAGAAAAGUGGCAGAUAGGCAAGUGAUCAACAUCCAUGUAGCACUUACUCUCUUAUUUGACCUUACCAACUCCGAGAUGCAGAGAAAAUACAAAUGGCAUCUUUCACAUUUUAAAAUAAGGAAAUAUACUCAAAACCGCAUCUUUGGCCUCUAAAUCCUUUGCUAUUUUUCUAUAUAUUCUACUACCAGUGUUGUAAUAGCCUGAAGUGAAGGGCUUAAUGCAAACAUGCAGUUUAAACACUAAAAUAUUAGGGAAAGGGACAAAGGUUAUCAAGGGAACUUUGACAUCUCGUCUAGUUAAUAACUACCACUUACUGUGUAUUUACAAUGUAAUAUCAUAUGCAUAGUAAUUAUCUUGUUUAAUCCUCACAAUUACCCUUUUAAGCAGAUACUAGGAUUAUCACCAUAUUGUAGGUGAGAUUCACUCAAGGUUGGCUACAGUUGUUGACAGUCCAGGAUUUGAACUCAUCAACCAAAUUCCAAAGCUAUAGCCGUUUGUAUCCCCUACUUAGUGGGUAAGGUAGGUAAACCGGGAAACAGAUUUCUAAUAUAACUUCUUAGUAACCUUUGUUCCUAUUUUGUUCCUAAAGAAAUUGGUACUGUUGAGUCUCUUACUCUGCCAUUAUUAUGCUUUUGUUCAUUUCAUAAGUAGAAGCCCAAAAACCAACCAAACUAAACUUUACCCUAGGUAAAUUUUGUUUUCCCAAAAGGAUAGUGUUUUCUAAACUCCAAAUUUAGGAGCUGUGUUUUCACGAGUAUUAUAAGAAUGUAGAAUAUGGUGCAAUUUUAAUGUGUAAUAAGUUACAGAUGGGUAAGCAGGAUUUCACAUUCUUCACUAAUAUACUUACUAGAGUAGAUCUGCUUUUGUCUAUUUUACAUAAUGUUCUACAUGAAUUAUUUCAAAAAAAUGCUAUUUUAAUGUUUGAAAGUAACAGCAAAAGGAAUUAAUAGACAAAUCACACUGAUUCAAAAAAAUAUUUCUUAACUAUGUCAGGCACUAUUGUAGGUGUUGGAGACACAGCACAAACAUUAAAAUUAGAAUUAACAUUAAAUGCCUAAUGGAGUCAUCUUGAGACUUUUACAAUAAAUGUAACAUCCAGCUUUGGAAAUUAACUGUGGAAUAUGUUAUUGCAAGAGCCAGACAAAAAAAUUCAGUAUUUUCCCACAAGGAUAUAUUAUGAACAAAUUAGGUACAAAAGCCUCAAAAAAAAAGUUUCAUAUAGGCAAAAUGUAAAACCAUGCAUUUUGCAAGAGAAUCCAGUCUUAGAAAAUGAUCUGCCCUACUUUUGUAGUUUAUAAAACAAAAGGGUUGGUCUGUAGGUUAUCAGUAUUGUAGAGCAUGAGUCUUUACUGAAUACUUUCUGUCCACUUGUAUUAGUUUACUAUGGCUGUACUAAUAAAUUACCACAAAUGAUG